UAUGCUGUAAAUAAUAUUCUUAAGACACUGCCUCCACCUCUACUUAACUCCCCACCAAGACAACCACUCCGAGGGAUCAACAGUGCACUUCAAAGUUCCUAUUUGGACGUGGGUGGAGACUGGAAGUUCAAAGGUGGGGCUUGGAAAAACAUGUAUACGUUCCCAUGACGCCUCUUAAAACGCUUAUACUUGCGUCGUGUCGUGGCAGCGCGGGUCCGGUUGGGGUUGGCAGAGAGUUUAGUGCACGUCUAGGGCUGCUGGCGUGUGUGGACUGGUGGUAAGGCUUCGCUCUGCUCCGAGCCUUCAGUCUGUGUUGGUGGGUGCCUUCGAGAGGAGCAACACCGGCCACUACGAGGGCAAGGAUGGGGUGGAACUUCGACAAGACGGGAGAGGUGAUUCUGUGGGGCGGCGUGAGUGGGGGUGUGGCGCUGCUGCUGCAAGGUCUGGGCUUCUCCUUCUGUAGCUGGGUAUUCAUCGGCUGCUGGCUGCUCUCCGCCGCCGCCGCCCUCCAGCUGUCCUGCAUUAAGGUGUCGGCGGCAGGCAAAGCAGUGGUGGUGACGGGAUGCGAUCAUGGUAUCGGUCACGCCCUUGCCCUCCACCUCCAUCAGCAGGGCUUCCGGGUCUUUGCGGGGUGUUUAAAUGACGCCGGAGAGGGCGCGGCGAGGCUGAGGGAGCAACAUUCGGACAGACUCAUUGUCUUACCCAUGGACGUCACCAAGCAAGAGCAGCUUAUCGCGGCAGUGCAGGAGGUGAAGCUGCAGCUGCCGGAAGGAGAGGUGUUGUGGGGGCUUGUCAACAACGCUGCGAUCAUGGCGCGGGGCUACGUGGAGUGGGUGCCGCUACAAACCUACAAGAAGAUCAUUGAUGUCAACGUGCUGGGCGUGUUAGCGGCGACCAAAGCCUUCCUGCCACUCAUCCGUCGGGCCAGAGGUCGGGUGGUGAACAUGUCCAGCGUGUCGGGGGUGAUUGGUACAGGCAUCAUGUCUCCUUACACCAUCACCAAGUACGCCGUGGAGGGACUCAGCGACUGUCUCAGGCAGGAGAUGAGGCAGUGGGGCGUGGCUGUCUGUGCUGUGGAGCCGAGUAACUUCAAUGCUGCGACCCAACUGGUGACGGCGGAGGGCGUGGAGAACCAGGCCUUGGAGAUGUGGGCCUCCAUGCCAGAGGUAGUGAGGUCUGACUACGGCAAGCAUCACUUCGACCGCAUCAUGAGACUACAGCGGGAGUCUGCGCAAGGAGGGGAGAAGGAUCUGACACCCGUGCUAGAUGCUCUGACUGAGGCACUGACGCAGAGGUUUCCGCGUGCUCGCUACCGCGUGGUCGACACUUACUACUUCCUCAAGGUUGCCGCUGCCAUCCACCUGCCGGAGUGGAUGUUUGACCUCCUGUACCUGCCGCAGCAAACGUUUCUUUCCAUGACAUCACGCGCCUGUAACCCUUCCUGAAUCAUUCAUCCUCCUCCUGUCACCACCUUCACCCUCCUCGUGUCAGCACCUUCACCCUCCUCUCCACCACCACCACCACAACCACCACUGCCAUCACACACCGCCGCCCAUCGCCACCUCAUCCUUGACUGAAGCACACUUUGUUGGUGUCUCAGGGUUCCUUUUGCCAUAGCUUAACUAUAUAAGAUAAUACAUCAUGUUUUUCUAUUUAAAGGACGCAUAGUACAUUUAGGUUCCUUUCGUAUUCAGUUUGUUAUAUUUGUAUUUUGUAUUGAUAAGAAUAAAAUACACCUGAGGUUG